ACACACACACAGAGCAGCCGUUCGUUCAUCCGGAUCACUGAGCUGAAGAAAGCGCUCGGAUCAAACACGAAGGAACUGAAUCUAUUGUAACGAUGGAGUUUCUUAAAGACGAGAAAGAAGCACGCGGAGGGAAAGAUGCAGACACUCACGAACAGAGAGACCUGAUGGAAGUGGAAGAGGAAAGUGAAGAACAGAGUGAGGUUGAAGAGGAAAGUGAAGAAGAACCGAAUGAAAAAUCUUGUAAAAAGAAUAAACAGAACGUGCCACAAAAAAGAACUCAGAGAAGUGGAGCUAGAAAGUCGUGCACCUGCCGUCAGUGCGGAAAGAGUUUCACGUGUAAAGGAAGCCUGAAGGAUCACAUGAGAAUUCACACCGGAGAGAGACCUUUCACAUGCAGCUACUGUGGAAAUGGGUUUAAACAAAGAGCAAGUCUUACAGAACACAUCAGAAUCCACACCGGAGAGAAGCCGUUCAAGUGCACUCAGUGCGAGAAGAGUUUUCGACAAAAAGGAGCCCUUACGGGACACAUGAGAAUUCACAGUCAGGAGAAGCCUUUUACAUGCCAGCAGUGCGGGAAAACCUUUGUACAGAGUGGACACUUUAAGAUUCACUUAAAAACUCACUCCGGCGUGAAGCCGUUCAUCUGUCUUCAGUGUGGGAAGGGUUUUAGUUUGUCAGCGCACCUGAAAUCACACGAGCUCGUUCACAGCGAACUGAAGCCGUUUCACUGCGCUCCGUGCCGGAGGAGCUUCACGCACAUGACUGUUCUUAAAAGACAUUUAAAGUCGUUCAUACAUAAUAAAUACAGGCCGCUAGAGAGAUUCAUGAUCCAGAGCGGCUCCUCAGAUCAUGGUUUGCCCUCAGGAGUCAAUGUGCCAUUCACUAAAACACACUUCCUGCAGUGAACUUCUUAACAUUUCAGUUGUAGAUCAAUGUAGUAAUUCAUUAAAACAUGUCUCUCAAUACAGGUGCGGCUGCUGGGCGUGCGCACAUCAGUCUAGUUCACAUUGUUCAUCAAUAACACUGUGUUUGUAUCAUAGUAUAUAUGUAUAUGUAUCAGUAUAGUAUAUUGAUUUCAUUGUUAGUUUCUGGUCAGAGCUGUAACCCUUCUGGCCACAGCCCAAAAGAAUGGAAGUGAAAUGUGACAAAAUGGCAUAGUUUAAUAACGGCGCAAACAUUCUAAGGCAGUGUUACAGUCAUGUUACCCAUCUGUGCAACUAGAAUUUA